AUGGUCGCCAAUGAGCGAUAUUCGGUUUUGACCAUUUCACAAGUUGGAUGUCACGACAUUGAAAAGAAGAUCUUCCCCAAUUUGAAACAAGUCGAUGAGUUGGAUGUGAUGAUCAAAGGUGAUGAUCGAUGUAGAAUGGCGGAACUCCCAUUCCCAAUGCCGAAUCUUCUUGACUUCCUAAUGGGCAAGCUUUGUUACGAUUUAAAACUGGAAAUCCUGGAACAGAUGGAUCCGAAGGACAUCAUUGAAUUGAUGAAGAGUAACAAGAAAUUCCGCGCGAUUCUCAUCAAUCGACCGUGGAUGAUUUUUGGAGAACAUGUACAUUCGAUUAUUUUCCGCUCAAUGCACAUUGUCGAGAUCAAGAAACACCAAGGCUCUUCGAUUUUCAUCAAUCUCCGUUGCCAAUCAGUUCUCUUGAAGAGAAUCACAAGCUGCGUUCAGUUUAUCCGAAGAGAUAUCGAGAGUGAUGUCGAAAAAGAGACAGCAUUGGAAAUUCUCGGAAACGAUGUGCGAGCAUUUUGCAAUCUUCAAAGGAAAGGUGGCCGAGCGAAUCUUUUGGAUCUCACUUGGUACACGUGGAAUAUGGACAAUGAAAAUAAUCGCUAUCUGACGAACCUCUUCGAAAGUCAGCUGGACAAUUGCAAGGAGAUUUCGAUGAACGGACGUGGAAGCCAAUUCUACUUCCUUCGGCAGUUUCUUCUGAAAACAAACGUCAGGAUGAUCGCGUUCAAUGUUUCUGAGGAACAACCUCCUAACCAGAAGUCAACGGAUCUCGUAGCCGGUUGGAUAGCCAGCAGGGGGAUACCGAGUCGAAAUCAAUACCCUUCAAUCUUGCUCACAUUCACGCCAAACAACCCGCUUGGUAAUUUCCUCUCUGCAACUCCCGGACUGCAACGAAUUGGAGAGUUGAGCUCAAUCAGGGAAACUCUAGAAUUGAGGAACGAAAUGUGCAAGAAGUACCCGGUUCCAGGCAUGUUCGUGGAGUCUCACGACUCCUACAAGCAGAAGAUAGACAAUGAACGUGAUUGUAUCUACAUCGUUUCGACGGGGAGCUUUGGAUAUACACGUGGGCAUUUUCCUCUGCAGUUCUUUGCCAAAUACGUGCCCGCUCAGCAGCAGCCAAAAAGGAUGGAA